AUGGAUUUCUUUCUCAAAAGAAUUCGGACUGCUCCAGCCAUUGAGCAUAAUAUAGACUCAACGAUCGAGUCGGAAUGUCGUUCUACUUCAAACGACCCUCCGGCAAGUGGCUCGGCGGAUGCAAUUUAUUGUAUGAAUGCUAUCACCACUAUUGUGCUGCGGUGUAGCGGUCGUAAAACACCAAAGGUCGGCUUCGGUAGCGGGUCUACUCGGCCGCAUUUCGGGUGUACCAUGAUACUUGUGUCAUGCCAGCUGCAUCUCAUUCACUGCUUUUGGUCCCCGACCAUCUUGAAUGGUAUAGACGGUGACGACAAACGGGCCUUGCCAUUCAAUGCCCUGCUUCCGCGACCCCAGUCCACUCCUUCCACGAUUCUGGUGAUCCUUCCACUUGACAUUCGUGCCUAUGGGGAACGUUCGGACCUUUCUACUUGCCGUUUUCUGCCUAGUCCUUUCCUGAACGGCGGUCUAAGUUUCUCGAGCUCUCUUUCUUUCUUCCUCUAG